UAUAAACUUCCGGUUUCCGACAAUUCCAAAAGUUACCCAAAGAAAAACCUAAAUGUUUUAACCAUGGCUUUUAUUCAUCUCCUGAUUAGAAGUUGAGAAAACUUCUUUAGAAAUUUAGUUUGAAAUAUAUGCAUUUACGUUGUCACCAGUCAGUUGAUAGCGAUUUUUUGAUCAGUUGAAAUCACGAUUUGCGUUUUUCCAAACCACCUAUGUCUAUGAAAUUGAAAAUAUUUUAUCAAUCUUUCACCAGUGACUCAUGAGAACUGUGUGAUCAAUUAGAAAUUUCACCAUGGAUAAAUACGUGAAAGUCAGAAAAAUUGGAGAGGGUGCUUUUGGAAAGGCAGAUCUAGUAAAAUUGAAGAAAGAUGGAAGUCAGUGUGUCAUCAAAGAAAUUAGCAUCAUGAGGAUGAAUUCUAAAGAAAGGUCAGAGGCCAGAAAAGAAGUUUCAGUGUUAGCUCAGUUAAAACAUCCAAAUAUUGUUGCUUACAGAGAGUCCUUCGAAGAACAUGGUUGUCUGUAUAUUGUGAUGGACUUUUGUUCAGGGGGUGAUUUGUAUGCCAAAAUCAAUAAUCAGAGGGGUAUUUUAUUUGGUGAAGAACAGAUUUUGGACUGGUUUGUUCAAAUGUGUCUGGCUAUAAAGCAUAUACAUGACAGAAAAAUCCUACACAGAGAUAUAAAGUCACAGAAUAUAUUCCUGACAAGUAAAGGGAUGGUACAGCUUGGUGAUUUUGGUAUAGCUAAGGUGCUCAAUAGUACAGUAGAGCUGGCUCGUACAUGUAUAGGUACACCUUACUAUCUCAGUCCAGAAAUCUGUGAAAAUAAACCUUAUAAUAAUAAAAGUGAUGUAUGGUCAUUAGGAUGUGUGGUAUAUGAAUUAGCUACAUUAAAACAUGCUUUUGAAGCAGGGAAUAUGAAGAAUCUGGUAUUGAAAAUUAUCAGAGGAUCAUAUCCACCAUUAUCACCAAAGUACAGCUAUGAACUUAGAAAUUUAAUUGCUCAGUUAUUUAAAAGAGCUCCAAGAGACCGACCUUCCAUCAAUUCCAUUUUGAAAAAGCCAAUCAUCUCUCAAAGAAUUCCAAAGUUCCUGACUUCAGAUCAAUUAGAGUCAGAGUUUAGUCACACUAUAAUGCAUGGUCACAAACUAGGGCGUGCCCUCCCUCCCCCACCUAACCCUGCAUCUAGACCUCCAUCAGCUGCCAGGAAUAGAGGUGAUGUUGGUGGACCAGCUGUAGCAGCAGCUGCUAAAAAAUAUGACCCCUCUAGAAUCUACGGGCAACCUGUUGUCAGGAAAUCAAAAGAAAAUAGAGCACCAGCAGAUGUAAGAAAGAGACCAGGAAGUGCUGGAUCCCGUCCUGGUAGUGCUUCAGGCUCAAGACCUGGAAGUGCCGCCGGUUCCAGGCCUGGCAGUGCAGCUGGAUCCCGGCCUUCAAGUAGUCAGGAUUUACAAAAAAGGAAGCAAGAAUUAAUGGAAAAGGAAAGAAAAAGGAGGGAAGAAUUAAGAAAGAGGGAUGACGAUCAAAAAAGAAGGGAAUAUGAAAAAAGACAUAAAGAUUUGGUAGAAAAGCAAAAGAUGGCCAGAAUUAACAGGGCAAGAGAAGAUGGUUGGAAUAAUUUACUUGGUUCUCUUGAUUCUGAUAGGAGUAGUAAAGAUGAAAAAGAUAAUGUUAAGCCUGUUCCUGCCCCUGCCCCAGCUCCUCGGCCUGUGGUAGGGCAAGGCGGGGAUUACAAUGGGAAUGCAGCAGGUCAACAGCGAGGUAAAUAUGAUCACUAUAAUGAAUACCUGGAUAAACUUCAACAAAACCGAGACAUACGACAAAGACAGGAAGGUGUUCCUGCUAAAGCUCCCGCUGCAUCAUAUAUGGCUGCUCCAAGACCUCUGCCAGGAGCCCCAAAACCAGCCCCUGUAUGGAGAAGAGCCCCUGAACCAUCACCUGUAUAUGCUGCUCAUAACCAGAGAGCUCAGAACCAGGCAGAAGAGAGGGCCAGACUUGUUGAUGAUUUUAUCAACCGUAAGAAAGAGGCAGCUAAUAACAAAUACCGUGGUCAGGCACAAAUGUUUGGACCUUCUCCAUCUCCAGUACAAGGAAGACCACCAUCUGGUAACCGAGGUGUUGUAAAUGAUCAACAACAGCAACAACAACAACAGAGACCAUCGUCUGCUGCAUCAGCUCGUAACCGUGAGGAACAGGAAUAUCUAGAGAAGUUAAAACAGAUACGACAACAAAAUUAUAAUGAACGGAGAAAUAUUCAGGCUAAAAUAUCAUCAGACAAAAAUCCUGACGCAGCAGCAGAGAGAAAGAAAAAGGCAGAUGAUUUAAAAAAACAAGCUGAAGAUUGGGCCAAACAAAGAGCAAGUGUUUUGGAGAAAAAGAAACAAGAGCUAUUUGAACAACAGCGUCAAAUGAGAGAGAUGAGACAGAGACCAGGAGUUCCUGUGAAACCAAGUCCAGCAGUGCCAAUGACUGGAGCCAUGAAUGCUAUAGGGGCCACACCAAGAGUUGUACCAGCUGCUAGCCCUUCUCCACCAGCACCAGCAAUGACCAAUGUUUUGGGAGCUAUAGGAGUCACACCAAAGGUUGUUCUAGAAGAGGAGGAGAGACCUAGAACACCAAUGCAAAAACAGAAAGAUGAAAUUCUCAGAAAAUUAAACCAGAAGGGUCCACCAGGGGACAAGGAGGCUAAAGAAUCCGCCAGGUCUAAAUGGGGAGCUGGUGGAGACAUUAAACUGGCAGAGGCCCAGGAACCAGAGAGUUCAAGACCACAGUGGGGUGCUGCACCAAGUCUUGACCUCGGCCAACUUACACUAGAACAGACCGCCUCACAAAUGGAAGUAACUAGCGCAAGAGAUAAAGUGAUUGUAAAUCCAGAAUCUGCAAGGAGACAGUGGGGUCGACCUGGUGAAACUGUCAUUAAUGCAUUACAGGGUGUACCUCUAGCUGAACAAACAAUGGCUAGUGAUAAAUCAGAGGGAGGGGCAAGUUCAGCAUCAUCUACAGGUGAACAUCCAGCCACACCGGCUGUAGGUGCGACUAUCACUAUAUCUAAAUCUCCUGUUAGGAAAGGAACCAUCACUAUUCGCACUGCUGAUCAAAACAAAGCAGUUGCUGAGAGCAAAAAUCAAAACACUCCUCCAUUGUCACCAACUGAAGCAGCCCCUUCAGAUCCUUCAACUAUCCCAGAAUCCAAAAGAUCAGAAAGCUCUUCACCAGUGAAGGGAAAAUCUUCACCAAGAGCAUCUCCUGUCAAACAAAUUGAAUCUCCUGCAAAGGAGGUUAUUAAUGACUCUUUGUCUAAUAAACAAUCAGAAUCUGAGCCAUCAGAUACCAAGAAUGCUUUGGAAGACCAAGUGGAAACCCCACAGGAAGAGAUCAGCAAAUCAGUGAAUGCAGUUCAACAGAAGCCACCCCUACCAGAGAGAAAACCACCAAUCGCAGAGAAACCAUUAGUAUUUCCUAAACCAGUAUUGUUACAAAAACCUGAUAAACCUAUGCAAUUUGGUCAAGGUGUGCCAGUGUCAGUUAAGAGUGAGGGUGCAGGGUCAUUGUUCGAGAAGGUUGAGUUAGAGGAUGAUAAUGAAGAAAGUAAACAGAAAACUACAAAUAAAGAAAAAGGAGAAGACAAUGUUGUCAUCACAGAAUAUCCAGAAAAUGAGAAACGAAAGACAGGUCUUGCUCUGGGUAUCACUAUGGGAAGUUUUGAUAUUGGUCAUCGAGAGUUAUUAAGGACCUGCUCUGAACCAGAUCUUGCCAGUUUAUUUAGAACAAUGAAUGCAGAAACUCCACAAGUUAGAGUUAAGAGUUUAGAUGAUAUGUCAACUGUUAAUGAGGAGGAUGAUUAUGAUAUGGAAGAUGUAUGCAGUAGCAUGGAGAAGGCAGUUGAAAAAGCUGAUGGUGAUGAUGAUGAUACUGAAGACAAAGAAGAUGAUGGUGAAGCACAGGAAGGUGAAAAGGAUGAUGACAAACCUAAGGAUGAGGACGAAGAGGAAAAUUUUGAUGAAGAAGAAGAUGAGGACCUAGCUGACUUGAUGAGUGUCAGGGAAACUAUGCAAAGUCUUCUGAUAGAAGAUUCUGAAGAAGAGGUCAAGAAGUCACCAGUAAAGUUCAGUUUGUCAAGUGACAGAGAGAGUCGUGGUGAUACCAAUGAUGGUGAUGUAGAUGAUACAGAAGAUGAUGUUAUGGAUGGGAAGUCUGGGGAUGAUGAUGAAGAGGGAGAUGAUGGCGAGCAUGGAUCCGGGGAUGAAGAUGAUGAGGAUGAAUCUAAUAAAGAGGAAGAUGAUGUUGAUGGUGAUAAUCAGGAAGAUGAAGACUCGGAUGUACGUCGUUCUCAUUCUGUUGAUAAUGAGAACCCACAAACACCAGAUGAGAGUGCUGAUGAUAUAAUGUCUGAAAUCCUAGGAGAAGAUGAUGAGGACUCUGAUAGUGAGUUUAAUGAUGGUGAGGAUGUUGGAGAUUUUGAUCUGUUCGGUAGACUGGAAGAAUCUCGUGCACAGCUCGAGGAAGCACUUGGUGCCGAUAAACUGAUCCAAGUUUAUAAAACUGUUCAGGCAUUACAGGAAGAUGAGGAUGAGAACAUGGAGGAAGGAGCAAGAAUUGCCCAGGAUCUUCUCGGGGAGGAAAAGGUGCAUUUGUACCCGAAAAUAUUCCAACUUGUCAUGGCUGAUGCUGCUUUUACUGAUGACAGUGCCUUUGAUUUUGAUGAAUUAGAUGAAUUAGAUUCACCAUUCACAAAUAAUCUAAGUUGAUGAGACAUAAAGGAUAAGGAUGUUUUAUUUCAUACCUGUGACCAACACAAAGAACAUAACUAAAACUAAAGAAUCAGUGCAAUUCUGUGAGAGAUAUCCUACCGGUGUGAUGUCACAUUAUAUACAUUUUUCUCUGUAAAAAAAUGUGGCUGGAAUAUAUGUGAAUAUAUUACAUUACAUACACUUGAUUUUUCAUUAAGAAAUUAUAUUUGAUAAAUACUAUUGUGUUUAUUUUUGCACAAUCUUUUAUUUCUAAUGUAAACACAGUAAAAAAUUGCUUCAAAGCUUUGCCGCAAUGCAUCAUAGCUAGUGCAAUACUAAAAGGUUGACAUUUUUCUGUAUAGACACUUAGUAGAAUAUAUAUUAUAUAUACUAUUUUUGGUUUGAUGUUUGAGUGUUAAAUCUUCAAGCGUUGUAGCUGAAGAAAUUAGAAACCUCUGUAUGUUAGUUUGAUUGUGUAUAAAGUUAUAAGCUUAUAGACAAACUCUCAAAUUCAUCUACCAGUUAAAGGUGAAGCUAUAAGUUUAUAUACAUCUAGCAGUUAAAGAUUUAUGAUGAUCAUAUAAAAAUUUGCUAGUGUUCAAUGUUGAAA